CACCAGAGCCCGGACUUGCGGCAUCGCAGCUGCUUUGCUCAUAGCUGUCCAUCUUCGUAUACCAGUUGUGGAGGUCAAAGACAGGAUGGCUGAGACUGAGACAGAAAGGAAACUACGUAUUCGUGCCGAACAGGCAGAAGCUGAGGUUCGAUCCUUGAAGCGAACGAGGCAUGAGAGGUCUGACCGUGCAGAAGUAACGACGCGGGUAGAGACCUCUCGGCUGGACUUUGGCACGCAGACCGAUUCCCACGAAACAGAGAUCGCAGAGCCAAGAGAGAGGUUAAAAAACACCCCUGCGCCUUCGGAGGGCUCCCCUGUGUCAGAGAUUGAGGAGUUGCGCCAGCAACUGAAGCAAAGAGACUCGGCCAUCGUCCAGUUGCAGGCUGAUAGGAACCGGGAGCAGCAUACAAAACAGCGAAAAGCUAGCGAGGAGACAACCUUGUGUCGCGAAGAGCUUUGUGAAAUGACUCAGCGUGCUGAGUCCCUCAUGGAGCAACUUCGCAAAUCGAAGAAGCGUGGGGGUGAGCUGCAGGCAGCUCGGGAGUUGGCCCGCGAGGAGUUCCUGACGUGUCGCUCGGAACUUCAAGAGUGCCAGGCCACGCUCCGCAGACAAGUGGUCCGAUCUGAUGGCAGCGAGCCUACAUACGAGUCUCGUGAGGCCCGAGGCUCCCUACGGAGCUCCGAGAAGGAGUCUGAUGUGACGACCUCCCUCAUGGACUCAAAGGAUACUGCACCAAUAGGUGAAGAGUUCACUCUUCGCCCACCCGAGUGGAAAGGUGCACCAGGACAAGCCAGGCUUUCCCAGUGCUUUGGCACUCUGCGAAAGCUCCAUCAUGAGCUUUCCAAAGAGCUGCAGAGUCGAUCCAAAAGCCAAGGCAAGCCAGAAGAUGUUGUCUCCAAGCUGCUCCAGCAGAUGGACAAGGCCCUACAGCUCGAUGGCCCAUCGCCCGUGGGGAGUGAAGGCCGAGCCGUUGCGGUAUCCUUAUCUGGUCUUCGACAGCCAUCGAGUCCCGAAGCUGAAAGGCCUUUGCCGGAGGACCUGAAGGACUUCAAGCUGAGCACCUCCUCCGCAUCCGCAGGUUCGCCCCAACCUCGCGACUCAGAGGAGGUGCUAUUGAUGAAGCUGGACGUGAAUGCUGUUCGGGUGGCAGCUGAAUUGGAGAAGAAGAAGCUGAUGGACCAGCACUGUGAUGAUAUGGAUGACUUGUUGCGACGGCACAACAAGGAGCGCCGGGAGCUGCAUCAAGAGCUGGUGGAGCUCCGUUCGGAGCAGCUCCGAAGCGAGGCCCAUGAGACGCUGGUGAAGCCCAUGCAAGACAUCCGUGCGCACUUUGAGAAACAGGUGGCGGAGGUGAAGCAUGGCUUGAAGGCGGAACUGGCGGACAUUCACGAGCAAAACCGAAUGCUCAACGGACAAGUGGAACAAGAGAUGUCGCUUCUCAGAAGAGACCUGGAGAGGUCCCAAGGUGAACUGUUUGCGAGCAAGCAUCAGUUUCGGGAGCUCGAAGGCCUUUACGAUAAGGAGCAUUCUGAGUUGCUGCGCCUGCGGCAGCAGCAGAGGGAGCUUAUGGAAAAAGAAGAACAGGCCAAGGCUGCCGCUGCUGAAGCCGCAGCCAACACCUUUGAUGUACAGCAAGCAGAGGCAAAUGCAACGCUUUCUGGAGAUUUCUCACAUGACACAGCAACCGCCAUUCUUCCCGUGGGAGUUGCUCCAACACUGGAAAGAAGUCAAGAGCGCCCAGAGGGCAAAGAAGACCAGGUCAGUGGCAGCAACAAUACGACUCUUUUGGCUGAUGACAGUCAGCAGACUGCUGCUCACCCGCAGGUCAACUCGAGCAUCCCAUCGCCCUUACCAGCGCCCAACUCUGCGAUGAAGCAGGUGAUGAUGGCUCCCAAACCCAAGGAGGACGGCCGUGAGGCCAUGACCCCGACCGUGCUAAGCACGCGAAAGGCUGCGCGGCCCAGCGUGACUGCUGUGUCCACGGUCCUACGCACCAUCCCUUCACAGGGUCGGCCCGCCACGGUGCAAACGAGGAGUGCUCCACAGCUGCCGACGCCCAGCACUCCUCAUGGAGUUCGUCCGGUUCUUUCUGCGGGUCCUGCGCAGUUGCACAGGUUGACAAAUACUCCUACAACGACAACGCUUAUCCAGCACCAUCACAGGAGCCUCUCAUCUGCUUCGGGAUAAGGUGGCUCUGGAGCUGAGCAUGGGCGCCAUGCGCUGUGCCCAGCUGUGCAACCAAUCCUGUACUUUCGUCUGUGAAGCUAAUGCACUGUAAAAGUAGAGACGGGCUGCUCAGCACAGACCAUUCUGAGGGUG